UGUAUUGCCAAUGGUGUGUCCUAUGAAAAGAUUGCUCAAGAAGGAUGCAACAUCAGCUCCCUGGAGAUGUUCUUCUCCGGUUUCCCCCGGAUGGUCGGUCUUAACUUAUUCCCCAGACUCUGUCAGCUCACCAUAGUAGGCCAGAGCAUAAAUCACAUCGAUGGACUCGAGUGCUGUACUCUGCUUCAGGAGCUCUGGGUAGUCCAGUGCAAUCUGACAGAAAUAUCAGGGGUACAGAAUUGUCAGCAACUAAAGAAACUCUAUCUUUAUAACAAUCAUAUCAGUGAAGUAAAGAACUUACAGAUGCAGGGGGACCUAGAAGUCCUGUGGCUCAACAAUAACCGCAUAAGUCAGAUACAGGGCUUGAACUCGCUUCACAAUCUUAAAGAACUUAACCUUGCGGACAACAACAUUGAAAAGAUCGGGCACGGCCUUGACCCUAAUGUCAACCUUCAGAAUCUUAAUAUCUCCGGGAACAAGAUCAGCUCCUUUAAGGAGCUGACCAUGAUCGCCCACUUACCCCAUAUGAAAGAACUGGCACUGAAAGACCCCACGUCCACCCCAAACCCAGUGUGUCUGCUGUGUAACUAUGCCACACAUGUUCUAUACCACAUGCCAGGCCUCCAGCGACUUGACACCUACGACGUUUCGAGCAAGCAAGUCAAGGAAGCAGCUGAGUCCACAGUAAUGAAGAAAAUGAUGUACUACAACAUGCGCGUUCGUACUGCUCAGAGGAACCUGGCAGAGACCAGGCUCAGUUUAAAGGAGAGGAAGAGAAAUAUGUUACAGUUACCGGAAGAAUGCAUCAGAACAAUCAACCACACCCUAAAGAAUCUUGAAAAGGAGCUCUCCAAAUUGCCGACUGGUUGUCCAGGUGACAGACGUGACACACCCACCGACAUCAGUCAUGAUCCUACUAUGGAGCGCAAAAUAUUGAGCAAGAUUGAAGCGCUGAGAGAGAGACUGUUGAUAUGGACGAGGAGAAUAGAUGAGAUCGAGGCCCGGUUCCAGCGAGAUAUUUCCCAAGUCAGAAACAUGAUGGAAUAUACUGUGAAGUUUCUGUUGAUGGAGCUAGAAAGUGUUGGAAAUAUUCGUUUGGAGGAGGGCUGCGCCACAGACCCUUGGUUUACUUCAUGUUGCGACCUCCUGCUUUCGCGCUUCUCUCUUUCAGACUUCAAGGUUCAUGGCAUCACUGGUCUUAAGAUCGAUAAAGUUAUACGCAUCCACAAUAGCGCUCUGAGGCUUCGCAUUGAGGACAAAUUUCACAACCUACUAACAAGCAAAGAGUCGACUAACUUUUCACAGAAUUACAGACGUCGGCUGGAGCACUUGUUCUACGCAGCUGAUCCUGAAGGAAAUAAUGAAAAGGACGACAUUUUGCACAUUCUCGAGGAAGGCUUCAAAGCAUCCAAACACAAUAAGUCCUUGGAGACAGAGGGUGCUAUACCUUUAUCCAACAGCCUGAUUGUGACUGAACAGCCCAGAAUCCAACACACACUGAGUCAGGCCAGCCAAGGCGAGCCCAAGCACAGUACAGAUAUGAUCCCCUUUAGGCAUGGUAAGAUUAUUGUUUCCAAAGUGUUUGUGGGCUACAGCACGCCUUUCAGGGAGGGAGAACCAGUAGACAGAAACAGCUAUCCCAGAGCGUACUCUGUUUAUCGCAAUGUGGACCCUAAGCACAGAAUUGCUUUGAGUGAAGACAGCCCUCUUUCCUCAAAAACACACGCUGGUCCUGACUGCAGUCCCCGACAAAGACAGUGGUUUGUGUUUGACCAUGAGCUCAUCCUGCCGGAGUACAUCAUUUAUUUUGAAUACACCACUGGGGAUGGAGAACGUCCUGCACUGCCAGGCAAUGGUACAGGCACAAAUAAUACUCCUUCAAAUGAUAUCAUCCUGGACAAAGAAGUCCAUAGCAUGGAGCCCGUGUUAAAGCCUCAGCCAAAGCUGUUGAGUUUGGAUGACAAAGUUUUGCUUAAUGUGGCCAGAGCCAAUGUCCUCAGUCAGAUCACUGUGCUGAACCUUCAUGGAAACAGUCUUAGUAAAAUUAAGGCGAUUUCCCAUCUCACAGCUCUGCGGCAUCUCACCAUCAGCUUCAAUGAGUUGACACAUCUGGACGACAUUUCUCACAUGCCCAACCUUGAGUUUCUGGACACCAGCUAUAACCGCCUGGCAACCUUAGAGGGGCUGAGGGGGUUGGGGCAGCUUAAACAACUUGAUGUGCGCUGGAACAAGUUGACCAAAGCCAGAGAGGAUACAGCUGUGCUCAGAAAACACACACCAGCUCUACUGAGGCUUGACACCCGGUAUAAUCCCUGGAACAAGCCUGAAGCAGUAAGGAAGACUGUACUGGGCCGUCUGACGACCCUCACACACCUGGACAAUGUGCUGGUGACAGAGGAGGAGGCUGCUGAGGCUGUUCACAUGGCUGCUGGAUCCAAAAUGAACCAGGCAUCCCUUCUGGUUCACUCACGUACUAAUGAUGAACGGCCUCGCAGUCUCAGCCUGCUGUCAACAGCUCAGCUCCUAUGUCAACUCAGUCCUGCACAAUGGAGCAUUAACACAGAGCUGGAGCCUGACUGGACUGCAAAUAUCACUGCCCUGAACCUUGACAGCCAGAGGAUUUCCAAACUGAUCAGUCUGAAUAAGCUGGUCAACCUGCGCUGGGCCUCCUUUAAUGAUAAUGACAUUUCCAGAGUGGAGGGUCUUGAGAGUUGUUUGAAGCUGGAGGAGCUUUCCCUCAACAACAACAACAUCAGCACACUCACUGGUCUUUCCAAACUGCGUUGCCUCAAUAAACUGAGUCUAGAUGGGAAUCAGCUGUCUAUCCUGGAUGCCUCCACUCUGGAUCAGCUUCCCAACCUGUCCUUUCUGUCUGUGGAGAACAACACCAUCAGUUCUCUGCAUGGCAUACAGAGAGUUCGCUCGCUUCUUGAGCUCUACAUUGGCAACAACCGAAUUUCAACGUCACAGGACAUCUACUUUUUAAAGGGAUUGUCAAAUCUCAUCAUCCUAGAUCUUUAUGGAAAUCCUUUAUUGGAGCGACUGGAAAACUAUCGCAUUUAUGUUGUGUUCCACCUACCCUCCCUCAGAGCUCUGGAUGGCAUUGCUGUCGAGGUAACUGAGUGUGAAAAUGCAAAGGACAUGUUUGGAGGAAGACUAACACCUGACAUGCUAGCAGAGAAGUUGGGCCACUCAAACUACAAAGACAUAACCUACCUUACCCUGCAGUCCUGCUCUAUACGGAUGGUGGAUCUGACUCCAGCAGACCUGUUCUGUAAUGUACGCAGUGUCAACUUAGACCACAACAACCUUACCUCUUUCUCAGGCCUCAUCUACCUGCCCAACAUCAAAGCUUUGUGUCUGAACUACAACCACAUUGAGUCCAUCUUCCCCAGACAAAAGACCCAGGCCCAUCUGACAAACAGACAGAUACUCCACAGCAAAGUUCACUCCAGUGGAUAUGGCCAACAGAGCCCAUCCAAAGGCAAAGUGGAAACUGGGCCUACUGGCAGUCUGGAUCCUCUGAUGGGCAGCCUGGAAGUGCUGCAUUUGAGUCACAAUGGCAUCUCCAAUAUGGCCAAUCUGCAGCUCAGCAGGCUCACCAAUCUUAAAGCACUCUUUCUCCAAGAUAAUGAGAUCAGCCAGGUGGAAGGAUUGGAGGGGAAUCACCUGCUCAGAGAGCUUGUGUUGGACAGGAAUCGCAUCAAAGCUCUGGCUGAAAACUCUUUCAAUGCGCAGAGCGUCCUGCUUGAACUGCACCUAGCAGAGAACCGAAUCCGGGAGCUUAACCAUCUGCAUCCUUUAACUGAGCUCCGCAAGCUUGAUCUUGGCAUGAACAAGCUGCAGGACAUCACAGAGCUUGAAAAACUAGAUGUUCUUCCUUCGCUGUCGGAGCUCUCUGUUGUUGGCAAUCCCGUGGCCAGAAAUUCUCUCCACAGACCAGCUGUGGUGCUUCGUCUGUCUUCUCUGCGGGUACUGGAUGGUGUGAUGGUCACCUUGGAGGAAAGAACACGGGCUGAACUCUUAAGUGCUGAGCAAUCAUCAUGUUCCCAAUGCCCUGGAGCUUCUCUUCCCACAACUGAGAUCAACCUGCCUGAACUGCGACCUCUUAUACCUCGGAACCCCCUCUCAGAGCAGUGGGUAUAAGUGGGGCACAACAGAUCUCUAUGCACAGGCACGAUAUCUUACCAACUAAUGUGGAGGAAUCUCAAUUUCAUUACCCAU